AUGGUUUGCGACAAGAGAUGCGGGCGCCGCUGGUAUGGGCACGUCAAGGGCAAGGCGGAGUUCUGCCGUGAGCACAAGCGGGACGACAUGGUGGCGGUCUACGGACUCUGUCAGGAGGACGGGUGUAUGACCAGGGCGACUUUCGAGGCGACGUCGAAGAAGACGCACUGCGUGGCUCAUGCGUCGGAGGCGAUGAAACGGGUGGAUAAGGUGCGCACGUGCGCCGCACCCGGCUGCAAGAAGGCGCCCACGCACAGCGCCCCCGGUCAGGCGGCUUUGCACUGCAAGACGCACGCAUCGGGGGAGAUGACGAAACGCUACACGUCCAGGGACUGCCGGGCGGACGGUUGCGAGGUAGAGGCGACCUUCGGCCCGCCGGGCGAGCCGGCCGCGUUCUGCGGAACGCACAAGGCGCCGCAUAUGGUGCCGACGAAGGGCCUGAGGUGCGAGGUGUGCAGCACGCGGGCGAGCUUCGGACGUGCGGGCGAGGUGGCUCGGAGGUGCAGUGAUCAUAAGGAGGAGGGCAUGGUGAACGUCAACUACGCGGCGUGUCGAGUGGAGGGGUGUUCUAGGGGUAGAUCUCACGGUCCGGCCGGAGGAGAGGCUCUGUUCUGCAGCCACCACGCGGAGGCGGGGAUGAUCAAUCUGAGGGAGAAGCUCUGCUCGGCGGAGGGGUGCUCGGUAGAGCCUGUGUUCGGCUACCCGGGAGAAGAACGCACGAUGUGCAUGAAGCAUAAGGAGGAAGGGAUUAUCAACGUGAAGAAGAAGACGUGUGCGUCUGACGGCUGCCCGCUAGCUGCAACUUUUGCGUCACCCGGACGGGUGAGGGCUUGGUGUGCCGAGCACAAGACCGAGGGGAUGGAGAAUGUAUCGCGCAAGAAGUGCGACGAGCCAGGAUGUCAGCACCAAGCAACGUACGGUCUUCCUGGGACGGCAACCAGCCGAUGCGGACGGCAUAUGCUUGCGGGAUUCGUGAGCCAGAACCUGCACAGCUGCAUCUCGUGCGGAUUGUCGUACCGGAUCCCAAAGGAUACCCUGUGCGGCUACUGCGACCCCGAUGGACGGUUGCGAAAGGCGACGAGAGAAGCUGUUGUUGAGGAGCACUUACUCAAAACGUUUCCCGAUAUCCCCUUCAGGCACAACCAGAGAGUUCCGGGCAGGUUCUGUAGCGACGAGCGACAGAGGCCAGAUUUCUUGUUUGACAUGGGGACGCAUCUGGUGGAUGUGGAGGUGGACGAGCAGCAACACAAUCGCCAUCCAGAGGAGUGCGAGCUUGCGAGGAUGUACAGGAUCGUGGCGACGUCAGGACUACCGGUCCGCUUUAUUCGUUACAAUCCCGACGCAUUCAGGGUCGGAGGCCGUUUGGUCACCGUGGAACAGGAGAAGAGGUUAUCGGCGUUGACCGAUGAAAUCAGGAAGGCUAUGGAACAUCCCGAGCCUGGAAGGAUGAUCGACGUUAGGCACCUGUUCUAUGACCACCCCAUGGAGAUCACGUUUUUCCGAGUGGUUUACCGUCGCCACACGAACUUCGCCAUGGAGUCGAUCGUGCAGACGGCGAACGGGCAGAUGGAUUUCUCGAAGCGCACGAGCAUCAACCUGAGCAGGAACGGCGACCUGAUCACGAACGCCUGGCUGCAGGUGACGCUGCCCGCGCUGGACCAGCACGUGACGGUGGGGGGAUCGACGUCCACGUACGUGCACUACGUGAACUCGGUGGGUCACGCCAUGCUGAAGUCGGUGGAGAUCGACAUCGGCGGGCAGAAGGUGGACAAGCACUUCGACGCCUUCUACGAGGUGAUGGACGAGCUGGAGGUGCCGUCCGAGAAGAGGGCCGGCCUGAACGAGAUGCUGGGCCGGUACGACGAGCUGGACACCUCGACCACGGGGAGCCUGGUGAACCAGAGCGGGCAGAGGACCUACUACGUGCCGCUGAGGUUCUGGUGGAACAAGCUGCCGGGCCAGGCCCUGCCCCUGCUGGCGCUCAUGUACCACGACGUGCGCAUCAACAUCGAGUUCCGGAGCGCCUUGGAGCUGGUGAAGUCGGACGUGGCCCUGAUCCAGCCUACGAGCGGCGGCGCCCCGCUGAGCUUCAUCGACGCCUCCCUGUGGGUGGAUUACGUCUAUUGCGAUGCGGCUGAGAGAAAGCGUUUUGCGGGCGACGCGCACGAGUAUCUCAUCGAGCAGGUGCAGUUCACGGGCGACGAGUCUAUCCCGGCCAGCGUCUCCUCGAGCACGCAGAAGAUCCGCCUCGCGUUCAACCACCCCGUCAAGGAGCUCAUCUGGGUCAUCACCCCCGAGACCUCCGCGGCCGUGGACCCCAAGAACGGCAACAUGCUCUUCGACUUCGGCCAGAUCGCCGGCGUCGACUACAUCCAGAGCGCCAAGCUCAUGCUCAACGGGCACGACAGGUACUCCGAGAGGCCCGGCACCUACCACCGCCUCGUCCAGCCCUACCAGCACCACCCCCGCGUCCCCAGCAAGCCCGUCUACGUCUACUCCUUUGCACUGGAGAGCUCCUCGCACCAGCCGAGCGGCGCGACCAACUUCAGCAGGAUCGACAACGCCCAGCUGUACCUGACCACCAAGCCCAACAUGCCCGCGGCCCGCUGCAAGGUGCUGGCCAUCAACUACAACGUGUUCCGUAUCCAGGGCGGCAUGGGUGGACUUGCGUACUGUUCUUGA